UUAAUAUAAUUGAAUUUCUUUUUAGCAAUUCAAUUGCAGGGAGUUGAAUACCUAGAAAGGGGAUAGAGAAAAAAUGUGUUGUGAGACUCCGCGUGCAGGAGCAGCAGGCUGUUCUACGCAAGAAAACAGCAACUUCCAAGCAUUGCAGUGCAAUAACGACCUGAAAGAAGUAGUAACUUUUUAUUUUUUUAAUUUUCCAAGUUGUGUUUAAUAAGCUGGACUGUGGUAUGCCUGGAAUCUGAAAUCUCAGAGGUUUCAUAAGGCAACUGCAAGGUUGUUGCCCCCUUUUUCUAUCAUUUAUUUUUGACAUUUUAGAGUCAUUGAACCAUUGGGUUCUCUGCAAAUUUGUGUUUUUUGGUGGGGGCAGUCAUGUUAGCUUGGUUUGAAGUCAAUAACGAUUUGGGUAACCGAGUUUUGAUUAUAUAUGGUCUUUGAUGAGAUAGAUGCCCCAAGGUGUUUCUCCAUAUAGGAGCAUUUCUUGUGUUGUGGGCUCUGUUUGUUGUGGCAUUGAGAUCAUAGAUUUGAGUAAAGCAUUGGGACAUGAUUAGUGAUAGGGUUGUUAGUGACCCACUUGAAAUCCCUUGGUAAGGGGUUCAGGUUUCUGUGAAAUCCUUGUUGGAGGUUUUGAUCUUAGGAACCUCUGUGGUUUGAGUCAGGAAGAAACAGGAAUCGGGUUGUUUGUAAUCCAGGCAAAAUGUUAUACGGUUGUAGAGAUGAUUGAAGUCAAUAGGGUAGAGAUUUCAGUUUAGGGAAGCUGCAGCAAGUGUGUACUGUCUAUCCUUGUUGGGCAUUAUUCAUUGGAUCGAUUUUUCUCCUUAUUAAUCCUUUUAUACAUACCCAUUUUUUAUUCAAAGAUUUUUAUCAGAGAUUCAAUUCAAUAGAUCAAAGGUUGGGUGCUGAGCUGUUAGUGUAGUGCACAUCAUUUUCAAGCAUCAGAUUCUGUUAUUUUACUGUUAAGGAACCAUGCCUGAUCCUAUACCAUCUUGUUUCACGGGAGAUACUCAGAACAAAGGGGCCCAAAAUCUUGUAACCUCCAUAUACCAGACCAAGCUAGCUGGUCAUUGCAGAAUGGUGACUGUGACAUGGUGCAAGAAUAGCAUGGGGCAAGGCCUCUGUGUAUCAGUGGACGAGCCAUCAGACCAAUCAAUGUGCAAGAUUGACCUAAAGCCAUGGUAUUUUUGGAGGAAACAGGGCUCCAAGGGCUUCGAGAUCAAUGGAACCAAGGUCCAGGUUUGCUGGGAUCUCACAUCUGCCAAAUUCAUCUAUGGGCCUGAACCACAAGAAGAUUAUUAUGUCGCAGUUGUCUGUGAAGAAGAAGUCAUCUUGCUUUUGGGGGACAUGAAGAAAGAAGCGUUCAAGAAGACCAAGGCCAGACCUUCAAUCAUUGAAGCCAUACUAGUGUCUAGAAAAGAACAUGUUUUUGGUAAGAGGCACUUCUCUACAAGGACUAGAAUGGACGAGACACUGAAGCAACCCCAUGACAUCAAUAUUGAAUGCAAUACAACCGGGCCUAUUGACCCAGAAAUGAGCAUUAAGAUUGAUGGUCAAGUUGUUGUGAACGUGAAGCGAUUGCUGUGGAAGUUUCGAGGCAAUCAGACAAUAUGUGUAAGUGGUGUUCGUGUUCAAGUUUUUUGGGAUGUCCAUGAUUGGCUGUUCAAUCCAGGUGUAGGUAAUGCAUUGUUCAUUUUCAAGCCUAUCUCUUCUGUUUCAGAGAAGUCAAAAUUUAUCGAGCAGCAUUCGAGCAGCAACGCAUCAAUGAAUUCGGAUGCUUUUACCAAUGUAGAAGACAAGAAUCCGAGCCCUUCAGACUAUUGCCUAAUGCUUUAUGCUUGGAAAUUGGAUUAACAGAGCUGGAAUUGGUGGGGACCUCUGGUUCUGUUAAAGUGGCAGCAAGUUUGAUGUGAAGAUGGUUGUUCUCUCAUUUAUCUUCCACACUCUUAUUUUAUUCAUAUGUUCUGGUACAUGAUUAGUUGUUACCGGAUUAAUGAUUACACUCUUCCAGCAGUCUACUGACUCAAGUUUCAACCGAUUCGAUCCACACUCUCAGGAGAGAUCUGGUAUGCACGGUGGCUUUAAAUUCAACUCUAAUGUAGUUUUCUCCAUGCCCAUAUCAGAGGAGAGUAUCUCAGAUUACGGGUGAAGGCCGAUCAUUUUUUUAGUCUCCACAAUUUGAGAUCUAUGUGGUUUUGGUUUUCAAAAUACAAAAGCUCAUUAUCCUGUAAUAUAAAGAUAGGAACCUGUUUCUCGGUGGAUUUUCUAAAUUUCAUUAUCAAUGAUUCAUGUGAAGCUCCAUUUAGAGCCUCUUAUAGCUAAUAACCGUUGCCUCUCUGUGUUAGCCUGUGCUUCCAUUUUCCUAUUGAGGAGAACAAAUGAGGCCAUGGACCUCUUGCUGCAAAUGUUUACCUCGUGAAAAGAAAAUUGAAUUUUCUAUUUUAUAAUUUAAGCAUUUCUAUGCAGGCAUUAUUUUUCUUA